AUGCAUCACUCUGUGUCAAUCUUCGUCGUGCUCUCCUUAUCCUCCCUCCUAACUGCCCAAACAUGCAAUAGUUCAAACAACACCACCUACCUGACGGCCCCUGCAUUAGUCACCACACCUCAAAACACCUCCACCAUUCAGUGCUGGCGUCUAAAGAACCCCUUCUUGGUAUCUACAACAGCAGGCAUUGCAGGAAGCCGUGCAUUAACCCUAGGCAAUGUGACGAAUCUAAGCUACGUUAUUCAGCCACCACGCUUUGAAGGCGGAUUACAUAACGCUCCUGUGCCACAGAUCGUACAGUUCCUAGCUGGACUCGCGCACAUCACUCUGCCCCAAGACCCAUCUCGGGAGCUGUGGUUAUAUGGAGGCAAAGGCGGUCUGUUGUUCGCUGCCGACCUGGCAGGCGAGGGACAUGUCACAACAUAUCCGAGCGACCAGGAGACAGUCACUAUUACUGCGCCUUUUGAGGGUGGCGUGAUCCCUGAAUAUGAAGUGAUUAACGAAGGGCCAUGUACCGGGCGACAGACAUUCAUCUAG